AUGGCUUCCAACCCCGAGGACCCCAUGAAGUCUGCCAUGGAGGAGCGGAAGGAGGUUUGGAAGCGAGCGCAGAAUGCCAGAAAACGUCUUUGCUUGGUCUCCGAGGCCAAGACUGUCGCUGAGAUGCAGGCAGCCGUGACGCGGGCAAAGGAGGCCUUCAAGAUACGCUUCAAGUUGAAUGAGGGUCAUGAAGUGACCAUUCUGGCCAUGGAUUGUGCUUGGGGCACACAAAAGAAGCCAUGGCAGGAGGCUGCCCAAACGGGGUCACUGAGCAAGAGACAGGUGGAGGCUGCGUUUGACUACAUGAACAGCUCUUGCCAGAAAAGUUUCGAGCUCGGCUUCGCCUUCGAUGGGCGGUCCAAGGCACGAAGAUCAAUGCUGGCGGAGCUCACUGGCUUUGAAAGCAUGAGCGAAGGCAUGCUGAUGUACCAAGAGCCAGAGCCAAAGAAGAAUCCGGAGGGUCAAGUUCGCACACGCCGGCUGCCAUUCUCGGCUUUGCAGCAUGAGAUGUACUACUGCAAGUUGGGGUGCGGGAACAAGUCCAAACUUGCCGCGCGCGCAGACGAUGGGUCAAGUGUCUACAAGGGCAGCUGGACGCUUCGUCGGCCUGACUGCAGCCCUACAAUGUCACAGCAGGCAAAGAGGACCAUGGCCGAAUCGGUGGGCAUUACAGGGUCAAUAGACAUUGCGCCGGAUGGAUACAGCGCAGACCAGUCUGUGCCCUUCAUGUGGUCAGAGUCAAAGGGUCAGGCCUUCUGGACUGAGUUCCUCUCUGCCUGGAGGGUCAAGCUUGUUGUCGACUUGAAGGGGGCCCCCCAGCUGGCGUUGGCCUGCGUCGAGUCUGGAGUGCACUAUGUGGCCUUCGCAGGGUCAGCUGAGCAGGCCUCGUGGCUCUCCAACGUGCUGGACCUCGCGUCGCUUCGAAAGGUGGUGUCCCAGGGUCAUUACCUGUUUGAGAAGGAUUUGUCCCAGGCAGUCCAGGACUUGUUUGCGGACGAGCUGGAGACCCCGCUCCAGGACACCAUCCCAGUGUUGCCAGGGUCAGAGGAUGACGAGGAGCAAGCAGCCUAG